AUGUCAGUUUUGCCAUCGGCGUCGACUUUGCCCGUCCCAACCGAGGCUCCCGAUAUAUUUAAGUUGUUUCCAAAAAUUCGAAAGUGGACUUUUCCAAAAAUGACCCUCUCGACACCCCCUCAAAAAUUACCCGAGUUAACAUUGAUAGGAACUUCCCGAGCAGCUGAUCUCACAUCAUUUUACAUUCCGGAAUUAAAUUGGAUCUUUGACGGUGGAACAAAAGUAACGAAUCACCUUCCCUCUCACAUAUUCAUCACACAUACGCAUACAGAUCAUUGUUUAGGGUUGUAUAGGUAUAAUUCACGUAAAAGACCUCCCAUCAUUUACGCACCAAUGGAAUCUGUUGGAUUGAUUGAGAAUUAUAUGAGAUCCGCUCAAGAAAUUACUGAUCAUUAUGCCUUGAGAAGGGGUCAUUCAUUUUCUUGUUUGGGUGUUAAGCAAGGUGAUGAGAUUUCACUGUCGCUAACUUCUUCCGGAAGGGUCGAGAUUACUUCUCGUGAAGAUGACGAAGAGGAGGAGGAAGACGUGAAGGUUGACAUGUCAGUUCAAACCAAAUCGAUCGUUAAAAAUACCGGUGAUGGUGUAGGAUACCAAGUUCACGUAACUCAAAUGGAUCAUUCCAUCCCCUGUGUAGGUUACGUAGUUUAUUCAAAACGAAAACGACUCUCGUCUGCUUACACGCACAUGACAACCAAAGAAAUUGCCAAAUUCCGUCAAGAAAAUCCUUCGUUAGAGAUCAUGGAACCCUACCUGGCUCCAUUGUUUGCGUUUAACGGGGAUACCACGAUCAAUGCGUUUUUUCCUAAUCAGACCAAUGAUAAGUGGGCAUUUAAAGAAGUUCCCGUCAUAAUUACCGAAUGCAGCUUUUUGCUAGACGAGCAUUUAGAUCAAGCCAAAAAAACCAAGCACACCCAUUGGAAAGAUUUGAAAAAGGUUGUCAAGGAAAAUCGAAAUCAAAUUUUCAUUUUAAUUCAUUUUAGUUGUAGGUAUAGCGAUGAGAAAAUUAAAAGAUUCUUUGAAGAGGAGAAAAUGAAAACCAGGGAGGAAACCGAUGAUUCUUAUGCAUUGGAAAAUUUGGUCAUUUGG